AAAAUCUCUAUAAGGUUAAAUUGGAAAUAUGAAGUGCUUAGUAACAAAUAAUACUUAAUAAAUUAGCUAUUAUUAUGAGAUAGACACAUUAAGUUUGUUACCACAUUUGCAGUAGGAACACAAAUGAUCCUUUCCCCCCAUUCUUUAAAAACCCUCUCAAUUUGAAGAAUUUAUAGUGAUAGGAAAAAAAAAACCUUAUAUAAUUCAAUGAUUAACAAAAGCUUUGCUUCUCCUCACUUAAAAGGGGACUUAUUUAAUAGCUUCUGUCCCCCUUUUCUCUUUGUAUGCCAGGAAGUUGGGAGCCAAGUUAUAAAUAUAACAAAAGUCAGUAGUUACCUACUGUUGUACGGCGUUUUCCUUUAUCAAAAUGUUCAUUUCACAGUUAUAUUUUCUAUAACCCUGGUUUUUCAUAUCUAUAGGAGUAAAUUGCUUUCAAUGUUUGGUUCGGAGAACUGUUCCCUUUCACAAAUGUAAGAGGAAUCUUGGAGAGUGGUUAUUGGAGUCCAGUCACUUUCAGAUCUAACGAGUAGGAAAAUGUCUGAACAGGAGGAAGAAUUUGAUGCUCAGAAUGCUCUUGAUGCAUCAGAAGGUGAUGGUGCUUAUGAGAUCAACAUUCCAGCUCCCGCACAAGAGGCUCUAGAGGCAGAUCAAAUUGAGGAAAAUGAAUCUGCACCGGAACCUUCUGGUGGGGGCCAUGAAACACUUGUCGAAGAGCAGAAUGACAGGAGCACUUCAAACCUGGAACCAAACAAUGAAGAACAACUCGUGGAAGAGAUUAUGUCACCCGAACAAGUUUUAGAUUCUCCAGCACAUGAACAGCAGUAUCUAUCUGAAUUUGAUAGUGCAAUGCAGUCAACCAAACGAUAUUCAAAUGAUUCUUAUCUGACAUUUCUGGAUAAAAUAAAGGCUGUAAAGGAAUCCCUGAAAACAUCGAUGCAAGAUUCUUUAGCAACAGUAAAAGCUGUACUUCUUCCCGUGGGCCAGGAAGUUAUAAUGUCUUUUAAAAUUGACAGCACUUUUAAAUACCUCAAGGAUCAUUUUUCAAACCUAUUAAAUGUCCCACCUGAUGUACUGCAGAUAAGAUAUGCUGGAAUACUUUCUAAAAAUAAUGAGACUCUCCUACAACAUGGAGUUAAGCCGCAGGAUGUCGUACAAGUGGAAAUCUUCUCUUCACUUCCAGAUCUAUAUCCAGUCAGAAGAAUAGGUAGAUUAAGUGAUGCCUCUCAAGUCUUAACUGUGAGAGUAGAAACUGGCAUUGAUCAGUACCAGCAGGUAGCUGUUGAGGUUAUAAAAUCCGACUUUCACAAACCAUUUCUUGGUGGAUUCAGACAUAAAGUAACAGGAAUAGAAUAUCACAAUGCUGGAACACAAACUGUACCUAAAAAAAUUCUCGGAAGAAACAAUAUGUUUUGUAGGGAUACCCAGACAGUUUUUCAGAGGAAAAAACUUCAACAGACUACAAAUACAACAUCUACACAGAUGACUAAAAUUGGUGUGUAUGUAUCAAAUAUGACUGAUAAACUGAUAAUACCAGGAAGAUAUUUUACAGCAGCGGAAUACCAUGCUCAAAGAUUAGCGGCGGUAAUAGUGUUACAGACUUACUACAGACAAUGGCAUGCUAAAAUCGUGGUAGAGAAUUUAAGAAGACAAAAAAUGAUAAGAUUGCAGUGGGAAGAACAGGAAGAACUAAAAAAGAUAAGAGAAAAAGAAGAAUGGAUGAAAUUGGACUAUUACCGGAGGCAUAAUCCUCAAACAAAAGAAGAUUUUGAACUUCUUUAUAAUGCACUAGAGCUCUGGCGGCAAGAAGAACAGGCGCACAUUAACCAGUCUUUCACUGGAGCUGAAAGGAAAGCUGCUUUGUGUGAACUUCUGGAAAAAGAGACCCAAUUAAUUGCUUCCAUUGGGAGACAUAGAUACAUUGCUUACAUGGCAAACCAGGAAGCAUUAAUACAAGCUUUUUUGGAUAAGUGUUCAGCUCCAAAGAUAUGGAGAAGAUUUGAUGGCAAAAUAGUCGAGAUGGAUACACAGUUCACCAUCAGAGCCAGAGAGCUGCAGAACAUCUACAAAUGCAUUAUGCUGAAAAAUAUCUCUCAAGAUGAGAGGCUGGACGUACUCUUAACACUUAAACAUACUGUGAAGGAACAUGAAUGUAAACUGACUCAGGAAAUUUUAGAAUUGAUUGACAGAGAGGUUGACCUUAUGAUGAGAGGAGUCAAACAUUAUAACCUUGAAGGACUCAGAAAAAGAAUUGCAACACUCUUUUUUCAUUACAUCAAAACACCUCUGUUUAAUCCAGAAGCUGCGAGACACCUUAAGGUCCCUCAAGACCCACUGAAGUUUUAUAAGAAGAUUUACUUUUGCUACAGUUGCCAGCUCUACUUGCCUUCUACAGAGUUUGCUAUAUCGUCUACCUCACACCGCAUAGUCCAGUGUCGUAACUGCAUUAGCCUUGACAAUGAGACUCGACAACGAGAAUCAUUUUUGAAGUACAAAUCUUUACUUCGACGGCUCUACUAUUCAGAAGCUAAUUAUGAAGACGAUUCGAAAAUUGCUUUCCUGAUGCAGCUGCAAGAUAUUCAGUACCUGACGGAGAACAUCUGGUCAUCCCAGUCGGUGCUCAGUGCGUGGAAGGACCUCAAUGACCUCGUCAUGGUGAGGUGGGAUAAGGCCUUGGAGUGGUCCCCUUGGAACUGCAUUCUUCUUACCAAAGAUGAAGGCGCUGCUCAUCUCAGGCUAACAAGUAUUGAAGAGGGAUAUGAACCCUUGUUUAUUCACAAGAUCAAACACAAACAUAUCCUGGCUAAGAACUAUUUUUCUCAAAUCCCACUGCUGGCUUCAUUUAUGCUUGAUGAUGAUGAAAUAGAUGAGAUCAGAAAGAAAUAUCACACAGAAACAACACCUAAGAUAAUAGAAUCCCAGAGUCCUUUUCCUUAGAGGACCUGGGAGUAUUUGUUUGAUGAUCGGCAUUUUUGUCCACUGCUAAUAGAGUAAUACAGAGGUCACACAAUAUGGAAAUAGAAUUUUAUCUUUUUAUUGAUUUUAAUUGUUUUUCAUAGUGUUGGAAGUUGUGUGAAGAGAAAACAUUCCUGUAUACAUGCUUUAUUGUUAUACAAUUAAUGUUAAAUUGAAAUAUAAUUUUGUUACUAAAAUUAAUAAAGAGAACAUUUUACGUAUUUUCACAUUAAUUUUUUUUAAUUUUAGGUGCAUUAUAGUUAAAACGAACAGAUAAACACAAGCUAAGCUUAGCUUUCAACCCAUGAAAUUUUUUUUAGAUAAAAUGUAGUUAUAGAAGAAAAGUCAGUGUAUGGGUAGGAGGAAACAGAAUUAUCUUUCUUGAAAAUCUUUACAGGUAGAAUAAAAGACACUAUGUUUUAAUAUAGGGAUCUGAAUUUUCACUUUUUAUUUUCUACUUUCACCUUCCAUCCUUUUCAAAAUCUCAAAAGAACUGAAACUGUUUAUAUACAAACAAGCAAAAGAUACAUUCCAUGCUGGAAUGUAAACAGGGGAACUAUCUUUUAUCUCAUGGGAGAAAAACUUCUAGUGAGGCAAUGAAGGAAAUUCUGUAGGAAGAAUAAACUUGAUCAAGUAAACUAUGACAAUCCUUUUCUAUAAUAAACCUUGACCACUUGCUUGUCAGAGACCUACAAUGAUGAACACGAGUGCAUGAGUCAGUCUUAACAGAAAAGUAGAUGGCACACUCAAAAUUCAAGGAGAGUUUGUCUACGAAGGAACCUAUUAUAAAGUGUGGGCAGUGUGUAGGGAAAACUACAGGAAUAGUAAGAACCCAGAUAAGGUGUCUCUACCCCUAGUCUUGAAUGAACCUGGCGAGGGAGAGUUCUGAAAACCUAGAAAGAGAGUAUAAAGAAGAUAACUGAGAGGUCGAUAACCAGCUUUCAAGGGAACAGCCAGUCCUAGGUGAUCUCAUGAACUAGAGAAAUAAAUAGUCUGAUCUCACACUUCCUUCCUCCAGUCUCCUGCUUGUGUUUCCUGUUGGCAGAAACCCCUGCCCCCUAGUCGUGAAAAAAAAGAAGAAAUAGAAGUCUGUUGAUAAUUCAGGACAAAGAUCAGAGUAGAUAAGGGGAAGAGUGGAUCUAGAUAGCUAAAUAGAAGAUACCCAGCUAGAGAGAAAGAAUAGAAAGUGAAGAUCUGUAAUUCAAGUAGAUUUAUAAUUCAAGAAGAUCUAUAAUUCACACACAUGCAACAUAAUUAUAUAUGUGUGUGUAUUUAAGGCUAACAGCAAGGAAGUACAUAUAAGAGAAAAACAAGAUUCAGAAUAUUGCAGUGCAUAAAUUUAAAUAGGUUAAAAUUCUCUUGUUAAGGAUAAUGAUUCUCAUGUCAAAAGAGUAAGCUAUAUGCUGUCUACCAGCUACAUACCCCAAAUAAAAUGACAUAAAAAGUUUAAAAAUAAAACUGUAUCAGUCAUAUGAAACAGACAACAAAAAAUUGGUGGCAAUAAUAUCAAGGAUGAAUUUGGGAAGAAAAAUAGCAGAGUAACAGAAAUUAUCUUGAUAAAUUAUAAUUCACAAUAAAAAUGAAAAAUUAAUCUGUUAGGUACAAAAGUAGGUUUAAAAAAAUCAGUUGAGAAUUUUCUGUAGGCUUCUCAUGUUUCUGCAGAUCUUUUGAUCAGAUGCACUAGACUUUUUUGAGACUCGUUUUUAAGGAUGUUUGUAUAGCAAGCAGUCUGGGAAGAUAGAGAUAGUGUUUACAGUCCACUAUAAAAGAUUCAGAGUCUCUAAGCCCAAGAUUCCUAUCUUGUACUGUAACUCACUGUGUGUGUAUGUGUCACCUGGACUUUAUGUCACCCUGAGGGAAUUAGGGUGAUAUGCUGAUAUUCUGGCUGCUGCUAUUUCUGUGAACAAUAAAUUGUGCUUCAUCUCUGA